UGGGAUGAAUAUGCGGUGAGCUUGGAGGACUUUGGGGAGGCAGUGAUGCGCAACAGUGUAGAAGCCGAUGCGGGGGAAGCGACCAAAGAGGUCAAGGCAGAGACAGUGGUACGGGGUGACGAUGCUGUUCCCCCAGCGAUCAAGGAAGGCACUACUACGACGAAACCAGAAGAGGCCAUCACGCUCAGCACUACGGAGCCCGAGAGGACCACUACACUCGUGGCAAAAGCGGAGAAGCUGUUAGGGAAGAAGAAAAGGAAAGGGGUUGUUGAAGGCUUGUCGUCGCCUCCGCUGGAGAGCCUGUCAUUGCCAGCACAGCUACAGUUCGUACCCUCCGCGCCGCCAUCGCGAUCAAUAUCUCCGGGGCCAAGGCUCAAGAGGAGCAAGAGGGACGACCCAACGAAACCCGGGAGGAAGAAAAAGAAGCGAAAGAAGAGGGAUGAGAUAGACGACCUGUUUGCGGGUUUAUAAUUGGGGGUGGGGGAAAUAUGAAAAAUGUUAUAUACUGAUGAUAAUAUUG